GAACACAGGAGGACUCUUAUAAAAUGGCAUGUAUGACUUGACACAUACGCAGUAAGCUAACAUCACUGGAGGAGCAGAGAACCUGAAGUUGAGAGAAAUCUCUGAACAAAAAUAGUAAGGCAACAUGGAUGUGAAGGAGCAAAGCAUAGCUAAUCAAUCCUCUCUGACAGAAUUUCUUCUCCUGGAAUUCUCAGAGGUUCGGGAACUGCAGAUUCUGUACUUCUUUGUGUUCCUUGCUUUUUACCUGGCAACAGUUAUCGGGAAUCUUCUCAUCAUCUCUGCAGUCGCCUCUGACUAUCGCCUGCACACCCCCAUGUACUUCUUCCUGAUGAACUUAGCCAUGCAGGACCUGGGCCAAGCUUCAGUCAUUAUCCCCAAAUCCAUGGCCAAUUCUCUCAUGAAUACCAGACACAUUUCAUACUUGGGGUGUGCUACUCAAGUCCUCUUACAUGUUUUCUUUUCAGCAUCAAAUUUCUCUCUUCUCACCGUCAUGGCAUAUGAUCGGUAUGUUGCUAUUUGUAAUCCAUUACAGUAUGAAAUGUUGAUGAAUAAGAAAGCCUGCAUCCAAAUGGUUGCUAGUGUAUGGAUCACUGGCUUUCUCUAUGGAGUGUUAAACACAGGAGGCACCUUUGCAUCCCCUUUUUGCUCCAAUGUUGUCAAUCAGUUUUUCUGUGAAAUCCCACAGUUACUUAAGCUGGCUUGCUCUGAUUUGUAUCUAAUUGAAACUGGAGUUAUUGUGUUAAGUGUUUUCAUUAGCUUAGGAUGUUUUAUCUUCAUCAUUAUAACCUACGUGCACAUCUUCACUGCAGUGCUGAGGAAACCCUCCACUGAAGGAAGGCAAAAGGCCUUCUCAACAUGCCUUCCCCACCUCAUUGUUGUCUCCAUAUAUUUAUUCACUGGAUAUUUUGCCUUCCUCAGGCUGCCCUCUGAUAGUUCAUUGCAUCUGGAUUUAGCAUUUGCAGUGCUAUAUUCCUUGGUUCCACCUUUAUUGAAUCCAGUAAUCUAUAGCAUGAGAAACAAAGAGAUAAAAAGUUCUCUGUCAAAGCUAUUGGGUUUAAGACACUCUUCUAAGAAUUUGUUCUUUUUUGUGUAG